UGGAGAGGUCUUCUGCGUGGUUGUGCGCACGGAGGAUGCUUUUGGCUCUCCGGCUCACACCUGGAACAAGGAAGCAGUGAGAGCUUCUUCUUUUUAUUUUAGUUUAAAGAGAUUUGCCCGUGACUCACACAUCCGAAACAAAUAAGUUAUUUCCUCGUGUGACUCCGAGGGGACGGCUUUGGAAUAUAUGCGCUUUGGGGCUCGCCAACCGGACUUGAUGUGCGCUUAGACCCGGACCGGGAGCGCCACCUGUGACCGAUGCAGUCGGUGAAUUGCUCUGUGGCUGAAGGACACUGAUAUUUGGCACAUUUCACCAACAGCCUGCACUUAUUUAUUUAUUUAUUUAUUUAUUUGUAUUUAAAAAAUAUUUUGCUUGAUUUGCUCAGUGUCGGAAAAAAUAAUAUGACCACAGGUUGCUGACAGCGCAAUAACUUUCCGCAUCAGAUAAGCGCGGCACGUGCGCGCACACGGGGCAGCUUGAGGCGCACCACAAACCCCCCCCCCCCCACCCCCCCAAAAAAAAGUCCAGCCGGCACCAUGACGGACGGCGCGAGGCAACGGAGCAGCACGUCGGGCUCCUCCAAGGAUGCUGCCGGAGAGAAGGAGUCGGGAGGCGGCGAGGUGGCCCUCAAGAAGGAGAUCGGGCUCGUGAGCGCCUGCGGCAUCAUUGUGGGUAACAUCAUCGGCUCAGGUAUCUUCGUCAGUCCCAAGGGGGUGAUGGAGAACGCCAGCUCCGUGGGCGUGGCCCUGAUCGUCUGGAUCGUGACGGGCAUCAUCACAGCCAUCGGGGCGCUGUGCUACGCCGAGCUGGGCGUCACCAUCCCCAAGUCGGGCGGAGACUACGCCUAUGUCAAGGACAUCUUCGGAGGGCUGGCCGGGUUCCUGCGCCUGUGGAUCGCCGUGUUGGUGAUCUACCCGACCAACCAGGCCGUGAUCGCGUUGACGUUUUCAAACUACGUCCUGCAGCCUCUCUUCCCCACCUGCUUCCCCCCGGAGAGCAGCCUGCGUCUGCUGGCGGCCGUCUGCCUCUUGCUGCUGACAUGGGUGAACUGCUCCAGUGUGAGGUGGGCCACCAGAGUGCAGGACGUAUUCACCGCCGGCAAGCUGCUGGCCCUCGCCCUCAUCAUCGUCAUGGGCCUCGUGCAGAUCUGCAAGGGAGAGUACUACUGGUUGGAGCCGGCCAACGCCUUCGAGCCCUUCCAGGAUUACGACGUGGGUUUGAUAGCCUUGUCCUUCCUACAAGGCUCCUUCGCCUACGGAGGGUGGAACUUCCUCAACUACGUCACAGAGGAGCUGGUGGACCCCUACGUGAACCUCCCUCGCGCCAUCUUCAUCUCCAUCCCUCUCGUGACCUUCGUGUACGUCUUUGCCAACAUCGCCUACAUCACGGCCAUGAGUCCCCAGGAGCUGCUCGCCUCAAACGCCGUUGCCGUGACGUUCGGGGAUAAGCUGUUGGGAGUCAUGUCGUGGAUCAUGCCCAUCUCUGUGGCUCUCUCCACCUUCGGGGGAGUCAACGGAUCCCUCUUCACCUCUUCGAGGUUGUUCUUCGCUGGAGCCAGAGAGGGACACCUCCCAAGUCUGCUGGCCAUGAUUCAUGUGAAGCGUUGCACUCCCAUCCCCGCGCUGCUCUUCACCUGCCUGUCCACCCUGCUCAUGCUGUGCACCAGCGACAUGUACACCCUCAUCAACUACGUGGGCUUCAUCAACUACCUCUUCUACGGAGUCACUGUCGCCGGGCAGAUUGUCCUGCGUAUCAGACAGCCUGACUUGCACCGACCAAUCAGGAUUAGCCUAAUCUGGCCGGUCAUUUACCUCCUCUUCUGGGCCUUCUUGCUCAUCUUCUCCCUCUACUCCGAGCCCCUGGUGUGCAGCAUCGGCCUGGCCAUCAUGCUGACUGGCGUCCCCGUCUACUUCCUGGGAGUCUACUGGGACAACAAGCCACAGUGCUUUGACGCCUUUGUUGAUAAGAUGACGUACUUGGGCCAGAAGUUCUGCGUGGUGGUUUAUCCGGCCACGAGCACCAGCGCGGGGAGCGGAGAGCAAGGAGAGGAAGGAGAGGAAAUGAAGGAGGCCACUGCUCCUCUGUCGAAGGAGGAAGGAGACAACCAGAAGUCAGCAGACUGCUAAAAGCCUCUGAUUUCCACAAUAAGACAGACAUUUGCAGACGCACAAGUGGUGUGCGCAUGCAAACACACACACACACACACACACACACACAAACAAACAGUUUGUGGUGUAUUUACACUUUGUCUUAAAUGGUUUUAUUUGGUUUAGUUAUCAAUCAAUAAUUUUCUGUGCCAAAUAAAACGUUAUUUAGUCAUGUGACCUCGAACCUUCCUGUCCGGGGGCUUUCAAAAGUGCAAUAAAGAAAGGGUCGGAGCCUUCUCAACACAAGCCCAAACGGGCACGUUGACGACUCUUCGUCAUCGUCUUCCUCCUGCUCCUCUUCCUCCACACACUCCCUCCACACUCCUGGUGUCGUCGUCCUUUUGAAAUGUCUCCCAAAAGACUCUUCCUCGACUGACGGCUGUAAACGAUGUCGCUUUGUCGUCCACUCAACACACCAAAGCUGUUUUUUGAUGGUCAAAGCAGAAGAUCCGAUCAAGUCAUUUCACGUUGGGAGGUACCGCGUUGUUUUGACAGUGACUGUGACUGAAAUGUUUCUCUUUUUUUGUAAUUCCGGUGAUUUUUUUAAUCGUUUGAUAUAUUUUGUUGUUGUUUUACUUUUAAAAUGCUCAUUUUUUGUUCUGUUGAUAUUCUUUUUUUUUCUACUCACCUUUAUACACAUCUAGGCCUAUUUUUAUUUUAUUUGCACUCUUGUGGAGGUGUACACCUGAAAGCUGGAGCGGGAUCUGUACUUCGUUUUGGUAAAUGUUGCCGCCUCAGCUCUGUUUUGAAACGGUUAAUCCUCAUACCUCGGGAUAGUUUAAAGUUUUUAUAGAGGUAACAAAAAACAACAAGAAAGUGGAGUCUUGUAUGAACACUACACUGAUAAUUAUCCCAAAUAACGAAUAAAUAGGCAAGAAAUGAUAGUGUUCACCACCACAUCUGCAUUGUUAUUGUGCAAAUCCCGACUCCGACACAUGUGAAUGCCUGCGUGAUUGUUUUUGAAGAGGCAUUGAUUGUCUUGCAUGUUUUACGGAAGAAGUAUUUUACUUUUUUUUAUAGCUUACCAUCUAGCUAGUGUUUGAAUAUUAUGUUGUUGUUUAUUUAGGUUGUAGAAAAUAUAGCUUUAAAAAAAAAAAAUCACAUUUUUAUUUUUUUGAUUCGUACAAUUCACUAGAAGAGAUUUUACACUAGAAGCACCAGGAAAAACACAACGUGCACCAAUGAAUGAACCCAUUCUGUGUGUGUCUGUUAAUAGUUAUGCAUCGAUACGUAUGUCUAUGUUAUUGUAACGACACUCCCGCACACACAAACACACAUCUACUCUAAUGUCUUCAGUCUUUCUGGACUCCAUUGGUCUCAGGGCAUCCCCACUGCUCUCCGUUUACGCACAGUACACCGCCGAAAACCUCCAGACCACGGAAAACUGAACAGAUCUCACCGAUUGCCUGUUGGAAAUCCAGUCUGUUCGUCUGCUGGUUCUUUUUAGAUAUUUAUUUUUUCUCAGGAGUCCCAGAAAAAGAUGACUAGAGGACGACAAGUGAAUCAUUCAAACUAUGAAGCAUCAUUAAAGUCGGGCCGGUAAUGUGCAGGUUUCUUCGGUUCGGCUGUAAAGGGGAACACGGUGUCUUGGAUGUCUGUACAAGUACAAUGACUGUGUUUUAAUUUAUGGCUGUAUGUUUUUUCUGUAUUUACAUAUUAUACACAGAUGUCUGUAUAUUGUCUCUCGGUAAAUAAAAACCACUGACUAUGGUGUACAUUUGUAA